AGUACUUUUUCUAUGUUUUCACCAGCUUUACUUCACGAAAAAAUACGGAUCAUGUUGGUUACUGUCAAUGAAAGGCCUGUUUAGCUGUUUAGAACUUCUUAUAUGGUUCAUUUUUUUUUGUCUUUUUUUCAAUAAAAAAGAAAAAAGAUGAAUCGUGUAAGAAAUUUAGUUAAAAAGAAUAGGCCUAAAAUUUCACAAUAGGAAUACAUGUACUAUGAACAUAUGACGUAAGACAAAUUUUUUAAGAAUUUUCUAAACAUUUCUAAAUAAGACAACAUUAAAUUGGUUCCGGUGUUCGACAAAAUAUAAUAGAAAAACAUAAGUUAAAAUUCGUGAAAAUGAGAAAAUGACUGCAUUAUUGCUUAUGAUAAGGCGUUAUUUUCAUAUUCGAUAUUGGAGCAGCAAUCAAGAACACGACGGAAUGAUCGCACGGCCCUGUAUACGUCAGAGGCAUAUAUACCGACGCAGAGUCACGGAACGUGGAACUCGCGCGGAGCGUAUUCGCGGAGAGACAGCCAAUUACGAGUCUGGAAUAGAGAAACAUCACGUGCAUCGCACAUUACGUCGCAUAAACGAACAGCGAUUGGCUGCUGUUGAUCGGGGUGCACGAAUAUCACGCGAAUAUGCAAAUGCAUAUCUGGAAUGGUCGUGCGAGCGGGGAACGGGGCGCGGGGUCUCGUGACGUUCGUGACAGUUUGCCACGCGCACGUGUCCGUGGGUGGUUGUGCGUUUCCCGUUCACGUUCGGAGCAAACGGAUUCCUCGCCGCUGGACUGCCAUGACCGGCCGCGUUGAUUCCGCGCGAGGAAGUGUCACUGAUGAUCGAUACAUCGCCGCGUUCACGUUGUUGCUGCCGCCGCUGCCGCUGCUGCCCGGCACCGAUUGAGGUCUGGACCGCCAGGUGACUCGGACCGACGUGUGUGGAUCGCGAUGACGAGCAAGAAGAGUCACACCCUCCGCAUCGAGUCCGAGAUCGAUCGGAAUCGCGAGGACGGCAAUUGGAAGAAGGUUAUAGAGCUUGCGGAACAUCUAAAAGUGCAGUACCCAAGCAACGAAUGCCUCGCAAAUUUCUUAUGCGGAGAAGGAAGAUUGGAGAGUUUUCUGGAACAAACUCCACCAAUAGACGCCAAUAUUGCCAAAGCACGGAAUGGAUUGACAGAAACACGUAAAUACCUGUUGCUGGCGGCUAAUGAAAAAGAUAAGCAGGCUUUAGUUGUGCUGGAUGCUCAUCUGUUACUUGGAAAACUUCAUUAUGCGAUGGGGAUGUACGAGGAUGCGCUUCAUCAUUAUCAACAAGCUGAACUAGAUACACUCACAGAAAAGCAAUUACCAUGUCGAAGUUUACGUAUUAUAGCAGAGUCGUAUGCAAUUAAAGGUCUUUGUCUGGAAAGGCUUCCACCAAAUUCCAAGUCAAAAUACAAGAUUACAGAAUGGCAAGAACAGAUAAUCAAGUGUUACGAGAUUUCUGGCGACUUGACGUUAGUAUAUUUGCAGGAGCAAGACAAAAUUGCUAUGCAGCAACAAAAUGGUAUUUCCACAAUAAACACAAAUAACACAGGUACAUAUUCUACAUCAUCUCCAGUCUCUGCAAAGCAUAUCGGCCCGAUUUUGGAGACUGCGCUGCAAAGAGCACCAAUAUUGUACAUUCAAACCGGCAACAUACAAGCCGCUGUUAAUCGUUAUAGGGAAAUUUUAUCUGCUGUUGAAUCUACGACUACUCAAAGUCUGCGAGUAACGCUGACUAGACAAUUAGCGGAAGUGUUGCUGCGUGGAAUAAGCGGCGCUGACUACAAACCACCCGAGGGACAAACCGACACAACAGCAGCCCUAAGUAAUAGACGAAUAAAUCAUUAUUCGGGCGCCAAUCCAUCGGAUUCACCAUGGAAACCAAAGAAAUAUGCGGGGCCAAAUAUAUUCGUUCCUAGGAACGAAUACGAGGAGACGAUUCUGUUGUUAUUAAUCAGCGAGGCAAUGGCGGUGAGAGACGCCGUUCUCAGCCAAUCGCCCGAAUUCAAGGAAGCCAGAAUACACGCGUUUGAGAACGCUACUGCUAUCUAUGAUCUGCUCACGGUCGUCGUCGUUAGAUGGAGUCAAGUAGAACUUUUACACGAGUCUUUUGAAAGAGCAAUGAAAUUUUCCCAUGAGGAAGUACACAUAUGGACGCAAUAUGCGUUAUGUCUUAUAAGCAUGGGAAGAUACAUGCAUGCAUAUAGAGUUUUAAAGGUGGUCGCCAGGCUAUCUCCUCAGAAAGUAAUGCCUUGUCUAUUGGCUGCAAGGCUGUGUUAUGAGCAAUUGAAUAUAAUAAAUGAAGGUAUUGAAUGGAGUCAAAAGGCUUUGCAGCGAGAGAUGGCAAAUCCACAGGGAAUGCAAUCCAGAUGCCAUUUGUACAUUGGAAUCGGUCACAGUAUGCUCUCCGCAAAUACGAUCGUAAAGCAGGAUAAAGUGCAUCACACGAACACCGCGUUAGAUUUCUUUCAAAAAGCGCAACAGUGCGAUCCGAAUGAUCAUCUAGCUGAAUAUUACUUGGCUCACGAGUAUGCGAUAAAUAGGCAGAUAACCGAUGCCAUUGUACAUGUAAAGAUCGCGCUGAAUCUACGGGCAGAACACAUUCCGUCGUUGCAUUUAUUCGCGCUACUCCUGUCGGCACAUAAGCAAUAUUCUGAGGCAUUGCACGUGAUAAACAGUGUAUUAGAGGAAUAUCCGGACAAUUUGAAUUUCCUCUAUGUCAAGGCGCAUCUCGAAUUGCGAAGUAUUGGCGGCGUCGAUGCGUUAUAUACCAUCAGUCACAUGUUACAUCUGUGGAAAGAUCUCUAUGAAGAUCAGACGAACGUUAAUUGUAAUGAGCAACAGAGCGAGAAACGCAGCGAGACCAGAAGUGUCUUUCAGCUUUACACGUCAGAAAUGUCCGAUAAAGAUUCUAGUUCCCUGCAUGCGCAAUCAUUAGCUGCUUCAAGAGUUGAGCAAGCUCUUUCCGAGGUCGCUUCGUCGAUUAGCUCGUUCACACCGAAGCCAGGGCCGCAGAGAGCAUGGCUGCUGCAAUUGCAGAUCUGGCUUCUACUUACUGAGGUUUUCCUUAUCCUAGACCAACCAAAUGGCGCUGUUCUAUCUCUCCAAGAGGCCACCAAUAUCUUUCCGCUGAGUCACCAUAUUAUGUACACGCGUGGCCUUUUACACGAGUACAAGCUGGAGUAUACAGAAGCGAAACAAUGCUAUCAAAAUGCUGUUUCAAUUAAUCCUUCACACAUAAAGAGUCUACAACAUUUGGUAAUUGUUGCGUUGCAUUAAUUCUUAAACAUAUAUAUAUAUAUAUAUAUAUAUAUAUAUAUAUAUAUAUAUAUUUGUAUUGUCAUUAAUUUAAUGGAUUGGAUGGUACAACGUACGUUAUAUUUCAGGUAUAACUUGGGCAUGGUGUUAGAAUCGUUGGGUGAAGUGGAAGCUGCUAGUGAUUGUAUGGCGACGGCGCUGGAGGUCGAAACGACAAAUCCCAUUUUACCGAUCUUGUCGAUACCAGUUACCUUUGAGUGAUUCGAUCUCUUAGGGAAAUAAGAUUCGACGAAAUCACACGAUCUGUCUUUUUCUCUUUCCGCGGGCAUUUCCUCACCUUCCCGUCAAUAGUACCUGGACACACACAUGUUGUACUAUUGUAUAAACUCAUUGUUAAAAGAAAAAGAAAAAAUACUUUAAUUGUACAAAAUAGUUACAAUCGAUGUAAUAAAUUUGAAUAAAGUCUUAUCUCCAAAGUGUUAGACGAA